AUGACCUCUCGCCCUCGAGCCGGUCGAGGUAUGAGUGGCCGAGAUGGCAAAGAAACCGAUCUUGAAAACGAUCUGCUCGGUCGAGCGGUCGAAAGCCUCCGCAAGGCUCAGGCAUACAAUGACCAGUCCAAACGCAUGGGUCAAGACAUUGUUGCCCUCGAAGAAGAGAUCAAAUCAAACGGUCACUCUUCUCCGGACCACCAUCGAAAGCUCGACGCUCUAUACCGAGAGCACCUCAGAUACGCGGAAAUGGAGAAAAAGAUUCAUGACGACGAAGACAUUAUCAAUAAUCUCGCCAUUCUGGCCACGAUGAAAUCUAGUGACGACCUCGCCCCACGAAAUGGUCAACCGAAAUCUCGCAAGCACCAAAGACCGACGGUUGAAUCAGAUAUGGCCGUGGAAUCUCCCGGUCCCAGCCCUGGAGAUGGUCGGCUAGAAAUGAUGAAACGAGUCAAAGGUACCUCUCAACGAAGUUCCAGUACAGCGAGUCAAAAUCGGGCCGCAGCCAGUGCCAAAGAUGACGGGGGGGAAACGCACAAGGGUGUACAGGCAGAGAGGGCCGGUCAACUCGUUCCGGGAACUGAAGUAUUCUACAAAUAUCCCAAGGACCAACAAGAACAUGAAGAGGGUGUAGGUAUUCAUGGCAUCAUCAAGAAAGUGUGGCAGGACAAGAAAGUCAUCCAAUAUGAUGUUCGAGAUCCAGAGGAUGAUCCCUCCGGAAAGCAAACAGUGCGAAAAGCGACGGCCCGAGAUCUGGUUCCCAUUCCUCAAGCCACCACUAACACACCACAAUUCCCAACCGGGGCCAACGUGUAUGCCAAAUACCCCGAUACUGACACCUUCUAUCGCGCCAAGGUGAAGAGCUUUCAAAAAACCAUGUACAGCCUGAAGUUCGACGAGGACGAUAAGGAGAUGCUUGUCGAUGUACGGUUUGUUCUGGACACGAGACUGAAGUGA